AGACAACCCCGUGUAUAUUUUGGGUCCUGAGUCAACGUGGGACAGUGCGUUUGUGUCAUGCCGAAUUUGUUGUCAAGUGUUUGUGUUUUUAAUGUCAGUAGUUUUAUUUUGACAUUACUAGUUUGGGAUAUUGGACAGUAACUGUGACGACUUAUCAUGAUGCCGGGGGAGAAUCUUUCCAAAAUCGCUUCAGGAGCAACUACUGGAGCCUGUCAAAACUGCACUGUGCUUCACCAGAACCUAAACGAAUAUGUGGCAGCUCUCCUGGUUUUGAAACAGAAAACUAUUGACUCCGAUCACCUGCUGAGUGAAUAUCAAGGGAAGUGUGAAGAGCUCCAGACAUCCCAGAGGGAGACCAGUAAGCAGCGUAUACAACUUGAUGAUCUGCAGUUGAAAGUAGCUUCUCUGGGAAAGCAACAUGCGGAGUACGAAGCCGUGCGGGCAGAGCUGGAGGCUAAGCAGAGCGCUGAGAAGUUGUCCCAGCAGCUUUUGGAGGAAGUGGAGAGGCUGAAGGAGCAGAACAACAACACAGAGACUCUAAAGAAGAGACUUGAGGACCAGCUGAAGAUGGUAGCAGAGACAACAGAGAAGCAGUGUGUGGAUAAUGUCCAGCUGAGACAGGAGAAUACGGCACUGCAGAAAGACCUGCUGAAAACACAGGUGUCGUUGAAGACAUGUCAGAAGGUAGCAGAGGAAGUGCAGCAGUUGAAGGAGGACAACGCCAGGACAUCCGUUCUAAAAUACGACCUGGAAAAACAACUUGUACUGUUUCAAGAUUCUAAACUCAAGCAAGAGCGUGACAUUACCAGGCUGAAAACAGAGAAGAUUGUACUGGAGAACGAGCUUCUUCAUCUUCAGGAACGACUAGAGAAACUGGAGACGGAGAAGAAUAAAGUAUUAAAGAGCACAUCAACUCAAGCAACGGCACCUGAAGAAACACAGGUGGAUAAAGAGAAGAUCCAGAGGCUGCUGGAGGAUCUAUGGGUGUGUGUAGCUCCUCCCUCAUCACACCUCCCUGCCAGGAGGAAACAGCAGUUAAAGGAGCACCUACAAGACCGCAGCACAGUUGAACCCCACAGACCUGACAGUGACCCGCCAGGCCAUGGACCCAGCAGGAACAGUGACCCGCCAGGUCAUGGACCCAGCAGGAACAGUGACCCGCCAGGCCAUGGACCCAGCAGGAUCAGUGACCCUCCAGGCCAUGGACCCAACAGGAACAGUAACCCGCCAGGCCAUGGACCCAGCAGGAACAGUGACCCGGCAGGACAUGGACCCAGCAGGAACAGUGACCCGGCAGGCCAUGUACCCGGCAGGAACAGUGACCCGCUAGGCCAUGUACCCGGCAGGAACAGUGAACCGCUAGGCCAUGGACCCGGCAGGAACAGUGACCCGGCAGGCCCUGGACCCAGCAGGAACAGUGACCCGGCAGGCCCUGGUCCCGGCAGGAACAAUGACCCGCCAGGCCAUAAACAUAGUAGAUCAGUUGAGGAGAUCCUGGACUGGUUCAAGCCGCUGCCCCCUGUCCUCUCCCCCUUACCCUGCUCCUCAGCUCAGGAGAGGUUGGAUGAUGUCUUGGAGUCCAGAGCUCGAGGAACCAGAUCUCCUCUAGAGAACAGAAACCACUCUGUCUACACUACAGGACCAGCCAAUCAGACAGCAGGACAGCAGCCUGGACCAGCCAAUCAGACAGCAGGACAGAAAACUGGACCAGCCAAUCAGAUGGCCCUUGUUUUGGCAGGACAACAACCUGCAGACUCCUCAGUGGAACUACCAUCAGACAGAAUUAAUUUUACUCCGAGAGAAAGCCCUGUUUCAGACAGCACUAAUUCUACUCUGAGAAAAAGCCCUGAUCUGGCCACAGGGACCUCAGGAGAGACAGAGAGGAACAGUGUGGCUGUCUGUGAACAGGAAGACAUGCAGGUAGAACCAGCUGCUGAAACCAUCCAGUCACCAUCAGGAGAGACUCAAACCUCCUCUAAUGAUCUACCUUCCUUUACCAAAGCCACAGAGUGUCUCCCAAACUCAGUAGAGCAUCCAGACAACCUCUCUGUCCAUAAUGGGGCCAUUCAGAACUCACUCACCCAGACACAAGGAGAAGAAGUGCAGGACUUCUCACCAGACACGACAGAGAUGGAUGUUGAGACUAACCCGUGUUAUAAUGGCUGUGUCUUGGCGGGUCAGAGCAUCAACCAUGGGGACUCAGAGAAAGUAGAAAGCAUUAAAGAUCAGUCAGGAGAGCAGCUGGAACCCAGUCUUCUGGUUGAGUGUUCUGCAGAGACAGUGACUGGUCCAGAACAACUGACUGAAUGGGCUCCUAACACUCAAUGUAACACAACUGAUCAGAAAGCAGCUCCUCAAGCAUGUCCCCAUAAACAAGACAAGUUGUUUACAGGCCAGGAAUCAGAUAAAGACGAUGAAGAGGGUUUCUCUUGGAAACAGGUUGGUGAUGUACUGUUCCCUCCCAGUCACCCUACAGAAGGACUGGCCUCCCCCAGUCACCCUACAGAAGGACUGGCCUCCCCCAGUCACCCUACAGAAGGACUGGCCUCCCCCAGUCACCCUACAGAAGGACUGGCCUCCCCCAGUCACCCUACAGAAGGACUGGCCUCCCCCAGUCACCCUACAGAAGGACUGGCCUCCCCCAGUCACCCUACAGAAGGACUGGCCUCCCCCAGUCACCCUACAGAAGGACUGGCCUCCCCCAGUCACCCUACAGAAGGACUGGCCUCCCCCAGUCACCCUACAGAAGGACUGGCCUCCCCCAGUCACCCUACAGAAGGACUGGCCUCCCCCAGUCACCCUACAGAAGGACUGGCCUCCCCCAGUCACCCUACAGAAGGACUGGCCUCCCCCAGUCACCCUACAGAAGGACUGGCCUCCCCCAGUCACCCUACAGAAGGACUGGCCUCCCCCAGUCACCCUACAGAAGGACUGGCCUCCCCAAGUCAACCUACAGAAAGACUGGCCUCCCACAGUCACCCUACAGAAGGACUGAAGGAUGUAGGUAUAGUAUCAACAGUCAUCACGGUGCAUUCCUCUGGGGCAGAGGAAUCAUCAUCUGAACAGAAGUCUCUGGCACCGCUGACAAAAACAAGUGUCCACAUCUCUCCUGCCAGUUUAAUGAGCUCUGUAAAUAACGUAGAGAACUGUACUACGACAUCUGAACUCCAUGAAGACAUCCAGGCAACAAAACCCAAUGCUCAGAGUAGCAGAAACCAUACAGUUUGCAAGAGGUUACAUAGUCCCAUAUGUCUUUCCCCUGUGGUGAACGUGAAGCUCCUGAGAUCUGGUACACAACCGAAGAGGAUGAAUGGAAGGAAAGAUGCUGAAGACCCAGGGUCUGACGUUAGGAAUCCACCGUCUCCUACAGAGUUACAGAGGGACGAGCCUUUGAACAACGGGAUGCUGAAAGAUUGUGAUCGCCCAGUCCAUGUUCUACAACACCAGGAUAUGAAAGCUGACCGUAAGCGUCCUACAACCACCGACUGCAUCUCUGAGUCCCAGCUGACAGAUGAAGGGUCUGAGAAACUAGGUGGGAAAGACCAGACUGAGAUGAUCAGUACUAGAAGUGGGCGUGUCAGGAAGAGUCUUGUUAGAUCAAACGCAGUCCAAACCAGCUCAGUGAAAGACGGAGGGGCUCCCAGGGACGGAGGGGCUCCCAGGGACGGAGGGGCUCCCAGGGACGGAGGGGCUCCCAGGGACGGCGCGGCUCCCAGGGACGGAGGGGCUCCCAGGGACGGCGCGGCUCCCAGGGACGGCGCGGCUCCCAGGGACAGCGCGGCUCCCAGGGACGGAGCGGCUCCCAGGGACGGCCAGCAAACGGCCACCCUUUCAUGUAAAGUUAUUAUUGAAAGACUCAGCCCUGACAUGAGUGAUGGGAUCAGGCCAGCAGCUUUGCCUGUGGGCCACUCCCCAGAACCUACAGCAGCCUUGCCUGUGGGCCACUCCCCAGAAGCUACAACAGUCUUGCCUGUGGGCCACUCCCCAAAACCUACAGCAGCCUUGCCUGUGGGCCACUCCCCAGAAUGUACAUGGAAAGUUCCCAUUGGGAAGGUUCGCUUUGAAAUGGGUCCUCCACUACCUCCUCUUCUGAUGCCUCUCACUUUAACUCCUCCGAGACCGGUAAAACCUGGCAAUCCAAGACCGGCGAUUGGUAAACUGUCCUUUCCCUCACCGAUGGAAGGGCCUGUUUCCCCUGUGGGAUCCCAAACAGCACCUGAUGAUCAGAUGUUGAGCUCCCCGUCUCGAACCACCCCUUCCUCACCACUACAGUUUGGUUCAGCCACUCCUAAACACGCUGUUCCUGUUCCAGGGAGACUUCCUGCCUUCAGCCCCUCCUCUUCCUCCACUAGUCCCGCCCAGGAGAACUCCAUGAGGAUUGUAGACGGCAUGUAUCCAGAACUGUCUGCCCGUGCCUGGACUCUCAGUAUCCUCCGAGGAAACCUCUCUAUGUCUUCUGCUGAGACGGGGACCACACCUUCCAGCUCUGUCAGUCAGAUAUCUGGCUUCAAAACCAUCAACUCCUCGUCCACGGCUUUCACCAAAACAGAGCAAAGAGGGAAGCGAAGUGGAGUCGACGUGCUUCUACCAAAGAGUGCCAAAAGACUGAGGCUGGAUAACUGCUCCCCCGGCCCUGCUGGGGCGACGGCCGGCCCUGCUGCGAAGGGGAUAUCCUCCACGACAUCAGCCUGUCCUGACCCACUACUCAGGACACCUCAACAUGGGAGUUAUUCACAGCCUACAGAGAUGGAGAAACUGUUUGGGAAACCAGCAGGCGAAGCCUCCAUAUCCCAGGCCUUAGAGAAGGAGAAACUGGUUGGGAAAGCAGCAGGCGAAGCCUCCAUAUCCCAGGCCUUAGAGAAGGAGAAACUGGUUGGGAAAGCAGCAGGCGAAGCCUCCAUAUCCCAGGCCUUAGAGAAGAUAGCAGCCCAGUGUUUUGACCUGUUACCUGUCAUCAAGAGUCACCUGUUUGUUGGGAAUCUGUCUAGGAAACCUGUGUUACGGGAUGAGGAGAAGGAGGUCCUCUCUGAGUUCUCAGACAAUGAGCCUCUGGCAGAUGACCUGAUGUCGGUGAUGCUGACUAAGCUGAAGACUGAGAGGACUGAGCUGCCUGGGUCUCACCUCCAGGCUCUGGUUAGAGUCUACACUGCUCUGUGCCGACGGAGGAGGGACUGGGACAGAGCACAUAUCCUGGCCUACAGCAUCCUUAGAGAAGAUUUCCCUGAGUCAACCAAGCUGGUUCUGUUCAUGGUGACCACAUGGCCCAAUGUGUUCUCAUGCAGGACUGUAGUGUGCCAGGCCAUCCACACGGUCACCAAGGUCAAAGCUCAAGGAGAGGUGCUCCACUGCCUAACUGCUUACCUGGGUUGGGAGAAGAGUCCUCCUAGUGACGUGGAUCAGUUGGUGUCCCGCACGUUGACGUCCGUCAGAGCUGCAGCUGAGAUGACCUUCCAGAAACACCCGCGACAGGGACAGGACCUGAACCCCGUUGCCUGGCAACACGUCUUCACCCUGGAGCUGCUCUGCUCUCAUACACACUGGAAGUGGACCCAUGACAACCUACUGAGUACAGAGCUGUGGCCGAUGAUGAACUCCUGGGUGACCCAGCCCAGGUCAAGACAAACACCCAUCCAGGAUGUCACUGUGGCUGCGGUCCUCAGACUCAUAGGGCGCCUCGGGCAGCUCGGAAUAAAGGAGAGAUGCGGCUCGUCUGUGAAGAACAUCGCCAGGGUCAUCAACACAUUCGCCAGACACGGACAGUCAGAAGGUGUUCCCUGGGAGGUCCAGCUGGCAGCUGUCUACACUGUCUACGACCUGUCGCCUAGCAACCCCAAGGAGGCUCUGGCUGCGCUGGCGUCAUGGCGAGGAGAGACCACCCAGCCCGUCCCCCCCGCUGUCACCAGCUGCAUCACACAGAUCGCCUCGCUCUGCCGACACAUCAAACCCUAGUCCCUAAAACCUAGCUCCUAAUCCCUAGCUCCUAUUCCCUAGCUCCUAACCCCUAGUCUUUAACCCCUAGCUCCUAACCCCUAGCUCCUAACCCCUAGCUCCUAACCCCUAGCUCCUAACCCCUAGCCCCUGACCCCUAGUCCCUUAAACCUAGCUCCUAUUCCCUAGUCCUUAACCCUUCCACACCCCUAACACUUAGCUCCUAACCCCCUAACCACUAGCUCCUAAUCCCAGGUCCUUAACCCUUCCACACCCCUAACCCUUAGCUCCUAACCCCUAGCCCCUAACCACUAGCUCCUAACCCCUAGUCCUUAACCCUUCCACACCCCUAACCCUUAGCUCCUAACCCUUAGUUCCUAACCCCUAGCUCCUAAUCCCUAGUCCUUAACCCCUAGCUCAUAAUCCCUAGUCCUUAACAGCUCCACACCCCUAGCUCCUAACCCCUAGUCCUUAACACCUCCACACCCUAACCCCUAGCUCCUAACCCCUAGCUCCUAACCCCUAGCUCCUAAUCCCUAGCUCCUAACCCCUAGGUCCAUUGCCACUUGUACAGAUCUGAAAGGCAACAUUCUUGGACCUAGGAAAUCCUAUCAGAGGACAAGGUGAAGCAGCAUCCAUUUCACUGUUAUCUAUCCAUACCUUUUCAGAUCUGACACCUUGAACCCUGCUGUGGACUGAACUUCUGGGACUGGUUUUAAUGUCCAUAUGAUUUAUCUGUUGGUUAACGCAUCACGUUCCCCUUGAUGUUUUCUGUUGCGGUUCUUUAUAUGUUAAGCAUGACUUUGUAAAUAUGAUGUUGUAUACAAUAUCUUCUUACUUCUGUAAAUGUUUUGUAAAUGUUCACUGUUACAGAGCCUAUUUCUAUUUAAUUUGACAAAUUAAAAUCUAAGAGGUAAA